CCCGCGCGUGCAGAGGGCCGGACAGCUGCGCCGGACGCUUCCUUCUCAGAUGGCAGGUGCCCCUGAGCCGCACUCCCAACACCGUGCUUGGACCAGCCCCUGCCCGGUGCAGUGACCUUCGCCUGUCUGAGCCUUGGUUAAUUUUUGCCCAGUUGAAAGGCAGUGGGGCUCCUCCCCUUGGGGGAUAUAAGCCUGGCCCUGGGCUGCUCCCGUCCCUGCCUGGCCUGAGCUGUCCCAGCUCCCUCCCUGCCUCACCAUGGCCAAGGGCUUCUACAUUUCCAAGUCGCUGGGCAUCCUGGGUAUCCUCCUGGGCGUGGCCGCCCUGUGCACCAUCGUGGCCCUGUCCGUGGUGUACGCCCAUGAGAAGAACAAGAACACGGCUCAGAGCCCCAGCGUGGCCCCCUCGAACCCCACUGUCACCUCCUCCCCCGCCACCACCCUGGACCAGAACCUGCCAUGGAACCGGUACCGCCUGCCCAAGACGCUCAUCCCUGACUCCUACAACGUGGUCCUGAGGCCCUACUUGACUCCCAACAGCCAAGGGCUCUACAUCUUCACCGGCUCGAGCACCGUGCGGUUCACCUGCCAGGAGCCCACCAACGUCAUCAUCAUUCACAGCAAGAAACUCAACUACACCAUCACACAGGGGCACCCGGUGGUGCUGCGGGGCGUGGGGGGCUCCCAGCCCCCCGCCAUCGACAGCACGGAGUUCGUGGAGCUCACCGAGUACCUGGUGGUGCACCUCCGGGGCCAGCUGGUGGCGGGCAGCCAGUACGAGAUGGACACCCAGUUCCAGGGCGAGCUGGCCGACGACUUGGCGGGCUUCUACCGCAGCGAGUACAUGGAAGGCGACGUCAGAAAGGUGGUGGCCACGACACAGAUGCAGGCUGCAGAUGCCCGGAAAUCUUUCCCGUGCUUUGAUGAGCCGGCGAUGAAGGCCACGUUCAACAUCACGCUCAUCCACCCCAGGAGCUACACGGCCCUGUCCAACAUGCUUCCCAAAAGCAGCACCGAACUCCCAGAAGACCCCAGCUGGAACGUCACGGAGUUCCACACCACCCGCAAGAUGUCCACGUACCUGCUGGCCUACAUCGUCAGUGAGUUCACGCACAUAGAGGGCCAGUCACCCAAUAACGUCCUGAUCCGGAUCUGGGCUCGGCCCAGCGCCAUCAACGAAGGCCAUGGCCAGUACGCCCUGAAUGUCACGGGCCCCAUCCUAAACUUCUUUGCCAACCAUUAUAACACUCCUUACCCGCUCGAAAAAUCUGACCAGAUCGGCCUGCCCGACUUCAACGCCGGGGCCAUGGAGAACUGGGGCCUGGUGACCUACCGGGAGAACGCCCUGCUCUUCGACCCCCUGGUGUCCUCCAGCAGCAACAAGGAGCGAGUGGUCACCGUGGUUGCCCACGAGCUGGCCCACCAGUGGUUUGGGAACCUGGUGACCAUAGACUGGUGGAAUGACCUGUGGCUGAACGAAGGCUUUGCCUCCUACGUGGAGUACCUGGGCGCUGACUACGCAGAGCCCACCUGGAAUCUGAAAGACCUCAUAGUGCUGAACGAACUGCACUACGUGAUGGCCGUGGACGCCCUGGCCUCCUCCCACCCCCUGUCCUCCCCCGCCGACGAGGUUGUCACGCCCGCCCAGAUCAGCGAGCUCUUCGACGCCAUCAGCUACAGCAAGGGCGCCUCUGUCCUUAGGAUGCUGUCCAGCUUCCUGACCGAGGACCUGUUCAAGGAGGGCCUGGCGUCCUACCUGCACACUUUUGAGUACCAGAACACCAUCUACCUGGACCUGUGGGAGCACCUGCAGCGGGCCGUGGACAACCAGUCGGCGGUCCAGCUGCCCACCACUGUGCGCGCCAUCAUGGACCGCUGGAUCCUGCAGAUGGGCUUCCCGGUCGUCACCGUGAACACAACCAACGGGAUCAUCUCCCAGCAGCACUUCCUCUUGGACCCCGCGUCCAAUGUCACUCGCCCGUCAGAGUUCAACUAUCUGUGGAUUGUCCCUGUCUCGUCCAUGCGGAAUGGCGUGCAGCAGCAGGAAUUCUGGCUGGAAGGCGUCGAGCAAACCCAGAACUCCCUGUUUAGAGCGGAAGGCGAUGACUGGAUCCUUGCAAACCUCAACGUGACGGGGUAUUACCAGGUGAACUACGAUGAAGGCAACUGGAGGAAGAUUCGGACUCAGCUGGAGACCAACCCCUCGGUCAUCCCUGUCAUCAAUCGGGCACAGAUAAUCCACGACGCCUUCAACCUGGCCAGUGCCCAAAAAAUCCCCGUCACACUGGCACUAGAUAACACCCUCUUCCUGAUCCGAGAGACCGAGUACAUGCCCUGGCAGGCAGCCCUGAGCAGCCUGAGCUACUUCAAGCUCAUGUUCGACCGCUCCGAGGUCUACGGCCCCAUGAAGAACUACCUGAGCAAGCAGGUCCGCCCGCUCUUUGAGCACUUCAGAAGUAUUACCGUCAACUGGACACGGCGCCCAGACACCCUGAUGGACCAGUACAAUGAGGUUAACGCCAUCAGCACUGCCUGCUCCAAUGGGAUUCAGGAGUGUGAGACCCUGGUCUCCGAUCUCUUCAAGCAAUGGAUGGACGACCCCAGUAAUAACCCGAUCCACCCCAACCUGCGCACCACUGUCUACUGCAAUGCCAUCGCCCUGGGCGGGGAGAGGGAGUGGGACUUCGCCUGGGAGCAGUUCCGCAGCGCCACCCUGGUGAACGAGGCCGACAAGCUGCGGUCGGCUCUGGCCUGCAGCAACGAGGUGUGGAUCCUGAACAGGUACCUGGGCUACACCCUGAACCCUGACUACAUCCGGAGGCAGGACGCCACCUCCACCAUCAACAGCAUCGCCAACAACGUGGUCGGGCAGACCCUGGUCUGGGACUUUGUCCAGAGCAAUUGGAAGAGGCUCUUUGAGGAUUUUGGUGGUGGCUCCUUCUCCUUUGCCAAUCUCAUCCGGGCAGUGACCCGCCGGUUCUCCACUGAGUACGAGCUGCAGCAGCUGGAGCAAUUCAGAUUGAACAACUUGGACACGGGCUUCGGCUCGGGCACCCGGGCCCUGGAGCAGGCGCUGGAGAAGACGAGAGCCAACAUCAAGUGGGUGCAGGAGAACAAGGAGGCAGUGCUCGCGUGGUUCACGGCAAACAGCGCCUAGUCCUGGGUCCUUCAUGUCACCUGGCCCCCACGCCAGGGCCCGCCCACGUGUGCCAAGGCGGCAGCUCCGUCCUCAGGGCCUGAGGCACUUGUGUCCUCCCUCCCAGGACCAAGUCUCCAGCCCAAGCCCCCCUGCUCUGUCCGCGGGGCCUGCCAGGCCGUCCCAAGCGCCUCCCAAGCCCCUGCCCCUCGUGUCAAUCUCACCUGGAGCCCGGCACGGAUGCCAGGCCCGGGGUAACUGAUCUCAGGGAAGCCCAGUCCAGGGCCAGGUGGGCAGAAGCCCUCAUCGGAAAAAGGACAGCCUUGAGGGGGCCGCCUGCCCCCUCCCCCACCUUCCCAUAAAGACCUCCAACCCGAGGAAUCAACAAGGCACAAAUCUGUAUAUUUUUUUUCUAGAACAAAUGUAA